UUCUACAUCCGUUGUUAUCUUGUAUUGUACUAUGUUAAAAUUAUGGUUUACGUGCUUAAGGUGGUAAAAAUAAAAAAAUAGUGAAAGAGUAUAGAACAAUUGUUUGAUAAAAUACCACGAGAGACUUUAUAGCUGCUAUGCAGCAGAGUGAGUUUGUUGACAAAGAAAAGUCGCUUUGCUUUCAUCAUGCCAGGCGCAAAUUAUGAACAGCUGCCUCUAAAUGCUGAUACAGAAGAAGGUGUAUUUACAAGUAAACCAAAGAGAAAAUGGUCUGAUAUUUGCGUACAAAAGAGUCUGCUGUCCCUUGGCUUGAUUCUGUUGUACUUUUCCCUGUCCAUCGGCCUAACGUUUUAUCAAAGCUGGCUGCUUUCAGAGUUCAAGUUUCCACUAACUGUGGUGAUGUAUCACCUGGUGAUAAAAUGGGUCCUUUCGGUGCUGGUGCGGCUGGUGCUACACAUUAUCACUGGGACUCCUCAGCUGAUGCUGCCGUUCAUCACCUGCCUCCGAUCAGUGGCGCCCACGGGGCUCGCCAGCGGCAUCGACGUCGGAUUCUCAAAUUGGGCGCUCGGGCUGGUCACCAUUUCCCUCUACACCAUGACUAAAUCUACAACAAUAAUCUUCAUAUUGGGAUUUGCCAUACUCUUGGGAUUGGAGAAGAAGUCGUGGUCGCUUGUGGGUAUAGUGUUCAUGAUCGCCGCCGGUCUAAUCAUGUUCACAUACAAAGCGACUCACUUCAACCUGGCCGGCUUCAAUUUCCUACUGCUGGCGUCCUUCGCCGCCGGCCUCCGGUGGACCUUCGCGCAGCUGCUCAUGCAGAAGUCCAAAUUGGGCCUCCACAAUCCGGUCGACAUGGUGUUCCACGUGCAGCCGUGGAUGUUCAUAUCGUUGUUGCCCUUCAUGAUCAUAUUCGAAGGUUUCGAGUGUUUCUACGAGCUGCAGAAGCAAUCGGGGAAGGAGUUGGUGCCAACGAUCCUGAAGGUCUCCGUCGGCGCCACCAUCGCCUUCGCGAUGGAGAUCAGCGAGUUCCUGGUCGUUACCUACACUUCUAGUCUUACGUUAUCCAUUGCUGGUAUAUUUAAGGAAAUGUGUAUCCUAGUCUUGGCCGUGAAAGUGAGUGGUGACCAACUGAGCCUGAUCAACGUAGCCGGCCUCGUUCUAUGCCUUCUAGGCAUCAUCGGCCAUAUAGUACACAAAGUGCUGUUCAUAAAGACAGUAGUUGGCAAAGUCAGUGUGGUGGACUCUGAAGAUUUUGACCAGAUCAACCGAACGAGGGCGUCCAAGACCGAAGGGGAUCACCACGAGCCUCUACUAGAGGAGAAAUGGCAAGUCAGCGACGAAAGCGAUGUAGAUACGAGCACAAUAUUACAUGAGAUCUUGCAGCGACGGGACGGUAGGUAGGGUGUUAAUUAGAUCACACCUGGCCACAAGUAUGAGUUAACUGCGUUUUGAAUUAAAAAAAUUGCAUUUUUUAAAUUCAGAACCACACCAGUGCUUUAUUCGCUCCAACUUAUACUUGUAGCCUUUAUGCGCGGCGAGCUUGGAAUGGAAAUUUAAAAAGCGAAGUUAUUAUUUUUUUUUUAUUUACUUAAAUUGGGACAUUAGUCAAACAGCCUAAAAUCUUACAGGUGAGAAAUAUAACAUUACGAAGAAAGUAAUGUAUUUUUACAAUUUUUGUAUAGUUCUUAUAUUAAUAUUUACAGUUAUACUACUAAUGUAGGUAAUGUAUUAAAAUGAAACUUUAUUAAAUAGAUAAUUAACAGAAACAUCACAGGAAAGGAAAAAAAAUGUGAUCUUAAAUACCACGUUUAGUAAAAGAUUUAUUUAAAUUUAAUGCAUUUGAAUUUAUAUGUUGUAUACCGUGAUGGGUCAAUCAAAAUGUGAUAGGUCUGAUAUAGUGACAUAAUAUGAAAUUAUAUGACGAUUGCGAUUAUAAGGUAAGAUUUUAUAAAUUUUUGCGGUCUUUACAAAAAUAUCAGAUAUGGAUAAAAAUUUAUCUGUGGAUCUUUAUUGUAUUUCUGGUAUAUGACACCAUAUAUACUGUAUUAGUUUAGGUAAGGCCAUGAAAUGUGAUUGUAAAUAUUUAGUAUAUUUACGUCUGUACAUAGACGAGUUUACAGAAGAGGAAGGCAGAUGAUUUUUGUAUAUUUUUUUCUACUAGAUUUUUCUAGAAGUUUUAUACAUUUUUUUUUUAAUUUUACUAUCUCUCGUCCUGUGUAAAUUGUUUUUAAACUACCUUAUUUUAUUGAAUCCUGUGUUAAACAAGCCCGGGCGCACACUGAGCCGGAUGCCUGUAUAAUGUAAUCUGUGGUCAAGUACUUAUAAUGUAAGACCGUGUACUCUGCUUAGUUUGGAAUUAUUACUAUAACUAAAGUGUAUCUGUCCAGAGCUUUUUUUUUUUUAAUAUGAUUGCAACUACUUCUUUGACUAAAAUGAACCUGAAAAAAAAUUAUUUUAAAUCGAUCGUUACUGGAAACAAGGUAAUUCUGACCUUAUGCAACACAGCGUGCGCGCGGGUUAACAGAAGCUCGCCCGCGUACUUUAAAUAUAUUAAGAACGAAAAGGAUUUGAUAUUUAAUGUAUAAAUAACCACAUUUUUAACUAAAAAACUAAUCUAACUCAAAAGUUUGUAAAUCUAAAAUUAGUAUCUUAGUAUCUAAAAAAUAGCAGGUUUUACAACUUGGUUAAGAAUAAAGUUACGAUGUCCUCUGUUGCGCAGGCGCAGCGGGUACGUUCCUCAACGUUAAUGAGGGUCCGGGUUCGUUCUCUGUUGGGCCAAAUUAGAAAGUGAUUUUUCCGAAUUGGCCCGGGUUUCUUCUGGGUCCUGCUCACAGAUAUGCGUCUAGUUUCUCAUAUCACAGGGUAUCCUAGCGUGUGGUCGUUUGGCACCUAUUGUUUUUUUUUUUUUAUUAAAAAACACUCCUUUCUACAUCUGAAACAAAAUCUAAUAUUAUAUGUGUAAAAUUUUGAGUUAGAUCAGAUUUUUAUAUCAUAUAUUGACAAUUGUAUAAAGUGACAUUUGUACGUUGCGACGCCAUAUUGUAUAAUUCCGUCACGAUUUACAUUGCGUGCACGCGUGUGUAUUAAUACAUUCACGUGUGUAUGUGUGUUAAGUUAAUCGACAAAUAUACGGUGCAAUAUUAUACCAUGGUCAUCAUAUCAAACGUUACAUGUCCACUACUAAACAUAGGUCUCCUUCUAAUGGGGAAUUUUGCCAGUAGUUGCCACGUUUAGCAAGUGGUUUGAAUACUGCAGUUAGGCUUUAGUGAUGUUUUAAGAGGGACACUACUGUCCAUUUCUCGACUUCGACCGUUAAGUUUCCUUAGUCGCCUCUUACGACUUCCACGGAAAAAGAUGGGAUGGCCUAUUCUAUGCCGGAAUUACACAGCGAAAUAUUAUAUAAUCUGUUCUUGAUUAAAAAAAUGGCGACUUUUAAAAAAAAAAUUAUAAAUAUAUUAAUAGCAAUAUUAUCGAUUAACACAAAGUCAAAAUUCUAUGCUUGAUUACAUUCAUGAAUUCUAAUUGUACGUGACGAACAUGGCACGGCACUAUUCUAUCCUUUCGAUAUAAUAGUAAAAAAGCAAAAUGUAUGCAAUAGUGUGGGGACACUAUUAUUCUUUUUUGUUUUAAGUUUUUAAUCGAUCGAUUAACUUACGAAAGUUACGUAUUGUACUUACGUAAGCCUUACAAAUGUAAGGAAUAUAUUUUAUUUCUCUUUAUAUGUUUGAAUACACUUGUACUACAUUCACAGAUUUAUUUUAAGUAUAUUCUGUGAGUUGAUGUUGUUGGUAACUUGACUAAUUGUUUUUUUUUUAUAUAUAUUUAUAUUUUUAUAUUCUAUUAGGGGUUUACUUUGUACGCGCGGAUUUCAAAAGUAGGAGAAUCAACAAAGACUAUAUCUGAUACCAAAUUUUAAAAGUACCAAAUUUUAAGUUAGACGUUAAUGAAAAAUCUAUGAAAACUUUAUCCAAUUUGGUGCAGUAGUUUUUGCGUGAUGCUUCAACAAACAUACAGACAGACGUUUGUCUUAAUAAGACCUCUCUUAUCGAUUUUUUUAAAUGUCACCCAUAUACAGAUAUUGUCUGAUUACAAUCUAAUAUAUAAAAUUCUCGUGUCGCGGUGUUUGUUACCAAACUCCUCCGAAACGGCUUUACCGAUUUUCAUGAAAUUUUGUGUGCAUAUUUGGUAGGUCUGAGAAUCGGCCAACAUCUAUUUUUUAUACCCCUCAAUGAUAAGGGUAAAUAAAAUUUUUACCCCUAAAAAUUUUUUUUAUAUUUUUUUGACAAAAUUUUUAAUUGUGUUUUAAAUAUGAUUUAGCAUCAGAAAAUACAUACAACUUUAAAUUUUCACCGUUUUACGAUCAACCCCUGUAUUUUAAUCGCGAUUUUUAUAUUUCGCAAUAAGUGGUAAAACAUCGUUUACGGGGUCAGCUAGUUUUAUUAUAUUAAUGAGAUUGACAUGUUGUUUUUGACAUAUUUUUCCCUAUACGUUCUCAAAAUAUACGAAGCUUUACGUUACUUGUAUAGUUGUUCUGACCAAUUUUGCUGUAUUAAGGCAUUUAACAAAGGUAUAAUAUACGUUUUUAUAGCGUUAUUAAUCCCAUUUAGGGUUAAGAAAAAGAUACAUAAAAAACAUAAAAACUGUUGAGAUCAGGACGGAGAAAAUGUUAGGACAUUUGAUACGACACCACGAACUUAUGAAUAACAUAAUAGAAGGUAAAAUAGAAGGAAGAAGGGGAAGAGGGAGACCGAGACAUAGUUACAUCAGGCAGAUCAAGGAAGGAGUUGGUGUCGUGUCGUAUUAAGACGUGAAGGGACUUCUUGAAAAUCGUAGUGAGUGGCAAGAGUUCCACCGACAAGAAUUCCUAAAUAGGAAUGAACUAAAUUUUUUAACUGUGCAAGCUGCUAGACUUUGAAAUAUAUAUAUAUAUAUAUAUAUAUAUAUUGUUUAAAAUAUUAUUUUUACACUUUAUAUGUUGUGCUUUAUAUACAAACCCUAUAGACACAUUCUCCUUAUGGGCUCUCAAGGUUGACUGGAAGAAAUCCCUUUACGGGAUAAGUCUGCCUUUGUACAUUUUGGUAUAACCUAAUAUCUAUAUUAUAAGCGAAUGUACAAAAGUAUAUAAAUAAAUAAUAAAACGAAUUCUUUUCCCUUGAUUUAUAUUGCACUGUAUAUUUCUCGAUACAUUAUUCACUGAACGUAUCUUAUGUAACGAUGAAUGUAAAUGAUCAAUGCAAACAAUUAUAUUUGAAUUAUAUUUGAUAAGCAUUUAUAAAGUGAAUAUAGUAUAGUAUACUUAAUAAUGAUAAUAUAUUUUUGCAUUUGAUGUAAGUAUUGUAAGAGGUACGUAAACCGCUUUCCAUGUGACAGCUAUGUGGCGGUACCAAUUGUUACGAGACCCGAAGAUUUUUAGCUAAAUAUGUUUUUCUUUUUGUUGUUGUUUAUGUAAUAAAUGCUAUUGUGAAAGCAUCGUGUUCGAGAGAAUGCUUUCUGUGUACGACAUAAUGAAUCCUAUUAUGAAUUAGUUAAUGUUAACAUUCCAUAUUUAAUAAUAUUAAUUAAUUUUUAAUAUUAAUUGUGUAUUGUUUAUUUGUUAAAUUUGACCUAUUUGAAUGUACACGACCAUAAGCAUAAAAAUGUAAAAAAAUAUUUAAGUUAUUUAACUUGUAAACUAAUUAAUUAAUUAAUUUCUUUUUUAUUAUUUGAUGAAGAAUUGCAAUUAAAUAUUUAAUUUAAUUUUAAUAGAAUGUUCGAAAGAAAUUUCAAUAUUUCAAGAAAAUGUCAGAAAGAGCUUCUAGUACUUCUGUUAAAUAUUUUUAGUUCCAGCAAUCAGUGUGUAAAAAGAUUAUAGAGAAGAAAAUUAAAGCAUCCGCUUCACCUUGAUAAAAAAAAAAAAAAAAAAAAAACGUUUAUGUGAAAUCUAUGCAAUCUGUUAAUGGAAUUUUAUAAUUUUUACUAUAAAUUUGCUUGAUCUUUGAUACACUUUGAUAUCAAUAUUUUAGGCAGAAGCAUAGUUGCAAACACGAUUACGUAAUAUUUUAUUGUGUUCAUAUUUCCAGCUGGUUGCAUAGAUUCUUUUUUUUUCGUUUUCGUUAAUAUAAGGGCAGUGGCGACACUUAAAAUAUAACACAGUUAUUAAAAAAUAUAACUAUGGGAUUAAAAAUUCUCCAUCUGUUUUGUCACGUCACUGUAGACUUAAAAAUCAACUUUAGUAUUGGAAAUAAGACUGAAAUCUAAAAAUUAAUAUGUCAAUCGUAGAUAAUAUUGACAUAAUGUUAUAUUAAUAAUUGACUCGUCUGUUUUUUUUUAUGCCUGUGGUCAUUAUGCAAAUAUCCACAAUCCAUCUUUCUUCCAGUACCUAUACAUUCCUUUAAAAUUGAAUUUCGAAUUCCAAUAUUUUUAUUUUACAUUUUUUUUUUUAAAUUAUUAAUAGGAAGGCUAAGAUUGAAAUUGACAGCCUAUUUUUCAAUGAUUGUAUUUUUUCCCCUUAAAAUAUCUUAAGAAUUUUAUUUUUAAAUUACGUGUAAAAAAAAAAGUUGUAUAUUACGCAUUGGCUAAUUGUACGUUAAAUAUUUUUGUUGUAUUAUUGUUUGUUUUUUCUUGAUAUAAAGUUACUAUGUAUAUAUGUUUAAUUAUACACUUGAUAGCAAGUA